AUGUCUAUAGUUUCCCUUCAAAUCGGUCAAUGUGGUAAUCAAAUUGGAGCAAAAUAUUUCAGUACUGUAUAUGAUGACUGUUGUGCCAAGAAAAAGCCAUUUCUAUCAAAAACUGACACAGAAUAUAUUAGAGACUCAUUAAAUACAUUUUUCUACGAAUCUUCAAAAGGAUGUUUGACAGCCAGGUGUGUUCAGAUAGAUAUGGAAGAAAAGGUUAUUGCCAGUGUCACUAAAAGUACCUGUCGGGAGAAGUGGAGUUAUUCUCCUAAUAGCGUUUUUACAUCCAAAUGUGGCUCAGGUAAUAAUUGGGCGUACGGUUAUUUCGUUCAUGGAAGUGAAUUUGAAGAUCAGACACAGCGUUUAAUUCAGAAUCAACUAGAAAAUUGUGAUUCACUAGAUGGAAUCUUGGUAACAAUGAGUUUAGCUGGUGGGACAGGUUCCGGUGUGGGUACAAAAAUACUCACACAUUUAUCUGACAUUAUACCUAAAGCAUGUGUGCUCACACAGUUAAUAUGGCCAUUUACACGUGGUGAAGUAUCUGUUCAAGCUUACAAUGCUAUACUUACACUUGGACAUUUGUUGUCUCCAUCUACAGCCAAUAGUCUCGAUGGUUUCAUAAUGCAUCAUAAUGAUACGUUACAUGCUAUUUGUUCAAAUCGUCUUUUGGCUAGUGAUCCAAAUUGUCAAAUCGGUAUAGAUCAUUUAAAUGCCCUUCUUACUCAUCAGUUGGCUGGGAUUUUACAGCCCACUAUAAAUUAUACUGAGACAGAAUAUUUUAAGGAUAAAAAACGUUUAACAUCUUAUUUAUUGGAUCUAUGUGGACAUCCUGAUUAUCGAAUAACUCGUUUACGUUGUUUACCGUAUAUGCCUGUAGAAAAUCGUAAAUUCUGUACAGAAACUUGGGCUCAAUUAGCCCGUCAUGCUAGACAAAUGUUAUUGACGGGUUCUGCUGUAGAAGAUAAACUUGAUUGGUCGGCCAGUGCUUCAAAUUGUGGAUCUAAUAACCGAAUCGAAAAUUCACGGCUCCCAUUACUUUCCUAUUUAUCUGUAUUGCGAGGUGACGGAGCAAGUGAUCAUGUUCGAGAUUCGAAUACUUUUGUUCAUUCACUUACUAGGGAUCUUUUGAUUUCUGGACCUCCACCAGCUCCUGUUCCUUCUUCUUUUGGCUCAGUUGUUCGUGGACAUCAUCGUCAUUUUGGAGAUUACCCUCGCAGUUUGUUUGUUGCUUCUAAUGGGGGUGGUUCACGUAUAGACAACGUCUCUACUGCUGAAACUAAUCGCAAAGAAUUAUGGAUGUCUGCAGCAUCGUUAGGCGAUACAUCAGCUAGUUUAAAAUAUGUGUCCCUUCGUGCCUGGGAACUGUUUGCUUCUAGAGCAUACAUACAUCAAUAUGAGAAAUAUGGACUGACAACAGAUAUCUUUAUGGAUUGUGUUGCUACAGUAGAGCAAAUUGCACAUUGUUAUUCUACUCUGUCAUGGCACUAA